AAUCCCCAGAAAUUUCCAUCUAACUGUCUCUUUCUCUCUCCCUCUCUCUCUCACCGUCCGCCUGAAGAAUUGCAGAUCGGAGUUGCUUUGGAGUUACUCCAGCUCCGAUCAAGGCCGGCUCUCUUCGCCGCUCACUAUCUGUCUCCGCGGCUUCACGGCAUCAGUUGAGGGUGAACCUCGUGCAUCGAAUCAACUCCGAUCAACCAGUACAGCGGCAGCUCAAUCGAAGCUGGAGCAGCUAAAGACAAUCGGGCGGGAGCUCGCCAUGGGCUCUCAGGGCGGGUUCGGCCAAUCCAAGGAGUUCCUCGACCUCGUCAAGUCCAUCGGGGAGGCCCGAUCCAAGUCCGAGGAGGACCGCAUCAUCCUCCGCGAGAUCGAAACCCUCAAGCGCCGCAUUGUGGAGCCUGACAUCCCCAAGCGUAAGAUGAAGGAGUACAUAAUCCGCCUCGUCUACGUGGAGAUGCUCGGCCACGACGCCUCCUUUGGCUACAUCCACGCCGUUAAGAUGACUCACGAUGACAACCUCCUCCUCAAGCGGACCGGUUACUUGGCAGUGACUCUGUUCCUGAACGAGGACCACGAUCUGAUCAUCCUUAUCGUGAACACGAUUCAGAAGGAUCUCAAGUCGGAUAAUUACUUGGUGGUGUGCGCGGCUCUGAAUGCGGUGUGCAGGCUGAUCAAUGAGGAGACCAUUCCCGCGGUGCUGCCUCAGGUGGUGGAGCUCCUCGGACAUCAGAAAGAGGCCGUGAGGAAGAAGGCUAUAAUGGCGCUUCAUAGGUUCUAUCAGAAGUCCCCCUCCUCUGUUUCGCAUCUCAUCUCCAACUUCCGGAAGAAGCUAUGUGAUAAUGAUCCCGGGGUCAUGGGAGCAACACUCUGUCCUCUUUUCGAUCUCAUAACUAUUGAUGUUAAGUCCUUUAAGGACUUGGUAGUAAGCUUUGUAAGCAUCCUCAAGCAAGUUACUGAGCGUAGGUUGCCAAAGAGUUAUGAUUACCAUCAGAUGCCAGCCCCAUUCAUUCAGAUCAAGUUGCUAAAGAUUUUGGCAUUGCUGGGAAAUGGUGACAAGCAUGCGAGUGGACAAAUGUAUACUGUUAUUGGUGAUUUGAUGAGAAAAUGCGAUGCAUCAACCAACAUAGGGAAUGCUGUAUUAUAUGAGUGUAUUUGUUGUGUUUCUUCUAUAUAUCCAAAUACUAAGUUAUUAGAAGCUGCCGCGGAAAUAAUUUCGAAAUUUUUGAAGAGCGAUAAUCAUAAUCUGAAAUACAUGGGCAUUGAUGCACUGGGAAGGCUGAUAAAAAUAAACCCGGAUGUUGCUGAGCAGCAUCAGCUUGCUGUCAUCGAUUGCCUAGAGGACCCAGAUGAUACUCUCAAGCGGAAGACCUUUGAAUUGCUUCAUAAAAUGACAAAGUCCUCUAAUGUGGAGGUGAUUGUGAACCGAAUGAUUGAUUACAUGAUAAGCGUCAACGAUUUUCACUACAAAACCGAAAUAGCAUCUCGAUGUGUUGAACUUGCUGAGCAAUAUGCUCCUAGCAACCAUUGGUUUAUCCUGACCAUGAAUAAAGUCUUUGAGCAUGCUGGAGACCUUGUGGAUAUUAAGGUUGCACAUAAUUUGAUGAGGUUAAUAGCUGAGGGCUUUGGCGAGGAUGAUGACGCAGCAGAUAGUCAGCUGAGAUCUUCUGCUGUCGAGUCCUAUCUGCGCAUUGUUACAGAACCAAAGCUUCCCUCAGCAUUCCUACAAGUAAUUUGCUGGGUCCUGGGGGAAUAUGGGACGGCAGAUGGAAAUUAUUCUGCAUCCUACAUAACCGGGAAAAUUUGUGAUGUUGCAGAAGCAUACUCAAGUGAUGAAACUGUCAAGGCAUACGCGAUAACCGCCCUCAUGAAAAUCUAUGCAUUUGAAAUAGCUGCUGGAAGGAAGCUGGAUAUAUUAACUGAGUUUCAAUCCCUGAUUGAAGAGCUAGCAGCUUCUCACUCAACAGACUUACAGCAGCGUGCCUAUGAGCUCCAAGCUGUGGUUUGCCUGGAUGCUCAUGCUGUUGAGUGUAUUAUGCCUUCUGAUGCCAGCUGUGAAGACAUUGAGAUUGAUAUAACCCUCCCAUUCCUCAACAGUUAUGUCCAGCAAUCUCUUCAAAAUGGUGCUCAGCCUUAUAUUCCUGAAGAUGCACGCACUGGAGCCCUAAGUGUUAGCAGCUUCAGUAAUCAAGAACAUCGCGAGACUUCCUCGCAUGGUCUCAAGUUUGAGGCUUAUGAGAUGCCUAAACCUCCAGUUCCAUCUCGUCCUCCUCCAGUUUCUAUAUCGACCGAUCUAGUCCCAGUUCCUGAGCCUUCUUAUUCUAGGGAGACCCACGUUUCUCCACCGGUCUUGUCAGCCUCAAGUUCAGGUUCUUCAGAGCUCAAGCUACGACUGGAUGGGGUCCAGAAGAAGUGGGGGAGGCCCACUUAUUCCUCCUCUCCAACAUCCUCUUCUGGAGUCUCCCCUUCACCUGCAAAUGGGGCUUCAAAGGUGGAGCCGGCAGCUCCCUCAACUUCAAGACCUCGGGAAACCUACAAGGACUCCAAGAAGGCUGAGGUCGAUCCUGAGAAACAGAAGCUUGCAGCCUCAUUAUUUGGGGGUGCAUCGAAAUCUGAAAAGAGGGCAUCUUCUACUAGCCACAAAGCUUCUAAAGGAAGCAGUCAUUCUACAGGGACAUCCUCAGUUUCAAAGUCUUCAGUUCCCUCUACUUCUGAGGUGAAAAGUCCUCCUCAACCACUUCCUGACUUGCUUGACUUAGGCGAGCCGACAGUUUCAACGAUUGUUCCAUCAGCAGACCCAUUCAUGCAACUAGAGGGUCUUCUUGAUCAUGAUGAAAGCGGCUCAACAGGGAGCAAUGCAGCAUUAGACAGCACUGCUAAAGUCCCUGAUAUUGUUUCACUGUACUCGGAGCUUCAGGUGAGUGGGCACGACAGUAGUAGCACCAUCAGCCCCCUUUCUUCGAAUGGGAGUAAUAAUAAAAAUCUCAAGAGAACUGUCUCUGGAGGAUCACCACAAGGUAUGAAGGGACCGAACCUUAAAGAGGCCUUAGAGAAGGACGCUCUCGUGAGGCAAAUGGGAGUGAACCCUACAACUCAGAAUCCCAACUUAUUCAAAGAUUUGUUCGGCUGAUUUUGGAGUGAUGAGGAGCAGGAUCAACUUAGUAUUAAUAAGAAGCAUAGGAAAGUUCGACGGUUUGAACCGGAGGGAAGCUUGCAGUUAUCAUCCCAUUUGCAGACACAGGCACAAUUUGGCAAGCAUGAAGAUAUCAUGUUCGGUGUUCAUGGGCAGCUCUUCUUCUGAUAACUUAAAUGAUGGAUUCGGAGCUGUGUAGAAGGUGUUGUAUUGCCAUGCUGUUACGAUUAAGGGUGCUGUAUAAUUUUCAAUUCUUUUGUUCUCAAGUCGGAUUAUAUAAGUUGAGGUCAUGUUCAUUGUUCCGGCCCUUGUAUAUCCGGACACCCAUUUUGCUUUUAAUUUUUGCAUAGCAAGGAUCAUGUCAGUUAAUGCAGUGGGGGUUUUGCUCUAUUAUUGUCCUGUGCGCUCUAGACUGAAUCAAGAACCUUACCAUUGGACUGUUUGCCGACCCGUAUAAAUUCCGACGUAAAUUGUGAA